CUCCCCCCCAGCCCGGUGCGCGGCGAGCUCGGGACGGCGAGUUGGCCGCAGCUCCUUCCGCGCGGCCGCUUCCGCUCACCUGGGCGCCCGCUCCCAGCCCAGCGUCCCGUCCCGCAAACCCCUCCCAGACGGCCGGCCGCUCCCGCGGGGGUCGUUCUCUCACCCUCCGGGCCGCGGGCAGGAAGAGGCGGCGGCGGCCGGAGCCCGGGUGGGCGGCCUGAGGUGAGAGCCCGGCCGGCUCCGCUGGGAAUAUGGCGACCGGUGGCUACCGACCGGGCGGCGGCGGCAGCAGCAGCAGCAGCAGCACCACAGACUUCCUGGAGGAGUGGAAGGCGAAGCGCGAGAAGCUGCGCGCCAAGCAGAGCCCCCCGGGCCCGGCCGCCCCGGGAGGGGGCAGCAGCGACGCGGUCGGAAAGCCCCCGCCAGGGGCUCUCGGCACCUCGGCGGCCGCCGCGGCUAACGAGCUCAACAACAACCUCCCGGGAGGCGCGGCCGCACCUGCCGCCCCCGGGGGCGUGAACUGCGCGGUGGGACCCGCGGCGCUGACCCGGGCGGCCCCCGGCCCGCGGCGGCCUGAGGACGAGCCCCUCGCCGGCGCCGCCGCCGCCGCCUCGGGGACCCCGCCGGCCCGGGGCGACGAGGAGGAGCGGGACGGCGCCUCGGAGAAGGGCAAGAGCUCGGGCCCCAGUGCCAGGAAAGGCAAGGGGCAGAUCGAGAAGAGGAAGCUGCGGGAGAAGCGGCGCUCUACCGGCGUGGUCAACAUCCCCGCGGCGGAGUGCUUAGAUGAAUAUGAAGAUGAUGAAGCAGGACAGAAAGAGCGGAAACGAGAAGAUGCAAUUACACAACAGAACACGAUGCAGAAUGAAGCUGUCAGCUUAUUAGAUCCAGGCAGUUCCCAUCUGCUACAGGAGCCAUCUAGAACAGUUUCAGGCAGAUACAAAAGCACAACCACUGCCUCUGAAGAAGAUGUCUCAAGUAGAUAUCCCCGAACAGAUAGAAGUGGGUUCAGCAGAUAUAACAGGGACGCAAAUGCUUCAGGUAAUUUGGUCUCAAGUAGCACAUUGGAAAAGAAAAUUGAAGAUCUUGAAAAGGAAGUAUUACGAGAAAGGCAAGAAAACUUAAGACUUGUGAGAUUAAUGCAAGAUAAAGAGGAAAUGAUCGGAAAACUGCAAGAGGAAAUCGAUCUGUUAAAUAGAGACCUAGAUGACAUAGAAGAUGAAAAUGAACAACUAAAGCAGGAGAAUAAAACUCUUUUGAAAGUUGUUGGGCAGCUAACAAGGUAGAAGAUUCAAGGCUCAGUGUGGGAAAAAAUAUUUUAAAACUACUGAUUGAAUGUUAUGGCUAAUGUUAGGACAAUAUUCCUAUGCUGCAAUACAUUAAGUAUGUAUAUUUAUUUCUAGUAAACAGUGGAUGUUUAUUUUCAAAAUACUUCAUUUUCAUUAUUAGUUUCAAAAAAGUAUCUACCUGUUAUUUCACAAAUAAGUAACAUCCUUCAGUUAUUAAAAUGAUAGGUUAUGCCUCUUGGUUUUUGUGUGGUAUUCAAAUAAUAUAUGGUUUAAAGUCACAACCAUUUGAAUAUAUUUUAUCUAUGGUAGUGCAUUUUCUCCCUAAAGGAAUAUACAUAGUCUUUGUUUACAUGAAUUCAAAUACUUUGGGGAGUUACCUGCAAAUGCCUUGUUACUGAUGUGUGUAACCUUUUAUGUGUUGAUGAUUUACUCAUAAAGAUCUUUGUCUACUGUCAUUUGUUCUUUGAACUUAUUCUAAGCAAUUUAGAGUAAUAUAGAGUUACACUAUUUUGUAUAACAGUCAUCUUUAAAAAGGAAAGCUAUUAUAAAAAGUCACUUAAUAUCAUGUACUAGUUGGCUAAAUAUAAAAUUUAAGAGAAUACUUGAAUUGUGCUAUAGUAAAUUAAAAUGUACUAUUUUGUAUUUGAAUAUUGAAAAAAAUUUAAAAUCACUUUAACUUCUGAAAAACACACAAUUAUAAUUUUAAUGUAAAAUUUCUUACAUAGGUACUACCUUUUCUAUUAGUCCAAGGUUUAUAAGUGAACAUGGGAUAUGUAAAAAGUUGUUUAUUCAUCAAGCCUGGAGAGUGUGUACAAUUUCAGUGUAUAAGAAAAAAAUCCAUAUUUAAUUAUAUGCAUUAAAAUCAAAACCAAGUUAUUUAUCCACACUUAUAAAAUCAAAACCAAGAUAUUUAUCCACACUUAAAACAUUUAUACUUACAUUACAAAAGAGUACAUAAACAGAAAUAGUACUUAAAUACAUUGUUUAAUUUCUAACUUGGAGAAUAACACUGACAUAGUUGUCUCAUAUCAGAGAAUUCUUGCCUGCCCUACCUCAAAUUUAUGGGAUUUUUCUUCCUAACAGUGGAUUUUUAAAAAACAGAAGUAUUUUGAAGAAUUAUAAAAUUUUCUGUUACACUAUUUUUUGUUAUAUUUUCAUGUUGAGUAAGUAAAGCCCCUCCUUUAAAAUAUAUUAAGAAAUGUUGGCCUGAUAGUUGACUCUCAAACAGUGUACUGAUACCUUUUUAUCCAGCUAACACACAGACGUGGCUUGAACAUACAUAGCCAUUUUGAGCGCCCCCCUGAUUCUUCUUCCUCCAAUUGCCAAGCCCCUCCAUUAUUCACUAUUAGAAAAAUAGGGAAGGUGAGACAGUUGGAAAAAAUGUAGAGUGAAUGAUAAAAUUCUGAUGUUGGAAACGGAAACUCUGUGCAAUUACCAGGUUCCCCCUAUCCCCAACCCCUUUCCAUUUCAGAAGUUUCAACCUUGGCUGAUUAUCAGAAUCACCUGGGUUGCUUAAAAAGAAUUUCCUAGUGUAGUUUCUAGGUAGUUUUAGGUUGAGACCCUGGACAGAAUUUCUAAAGCUCACCAUCUGAUGAUACUGAUCUUAACCUGGGUUUGGAAACAGCUGCCGUUGCCUUUUUCCUUCUAUACAUUCCAUUGGAGACUCUGGAAUUAACAUAAUUUUAGCUACCAGCAUUUCCCCCCUUUUAGUUUAUUUAAUCACCUGGUCCCGGGGGAAGUUUUUGCGUGUGUGUGUUGUGUGUGUGUGUGUGUGAGUGUGUGUAAUUUUGUUUUAUCAAAAAGUUCAAUGUUAGAUUACCAAACUUGAUAUAUUUGCAGAAUUUCUGCAUAAGGGCAUCCUUUUCAGAGAAUAGUACUGAGCCUGGGAACAGUGAUUGAUCUACUACCCACAGGUCAAAAGUGGUUUGCCAGGCUCAGUCACCGCCUUUGGCUGUGAGUUACUCAUCUCCCUCCCUUUAAUUACCCUUAGGUGUGUGGCAGAAAUAUCGGUAUUGUUUAGUUUCCCAUCUACACUUUGGAUGUUGUGAAAAUUCUGUCAGUAUCCAGCCUUAAAAAUAUAUUAGUGUAUUGGUUUUCACUAAAAGAAGUAUUUUGAAUUUUCUGUUUAACCAUAUGUAAUUAAAAGAAUAUUCCACUUCCCAUUUUAAAAUUAUUCCAGUUAUUAAUACUUCCCAAGACUGAGCUGUUUUAAACUUUUUCCUUCAGUUUAUCAGGCACAUUGCCAACAAUGAUCUUGUACAUAAUGGUACCGAGGGCAAGGACUGCCUGACGACUUAGGCAAGCUUUCACAUGCAGUUCUUCCAUCCUUAAAUACAUAUUUAUGUCACACAUAGAUUUUUACACUGAAUCUUAAAAAUUAAGUAGGAUCUGUUACAAUCUCUUUAAAAUUUAGAAAAAGCAUUGAGAUUUUCAAAAGGUAAAUACAUGUGCACUACCCUUGGAAAACUUGGCUAUUGUCAAUAAAAUGAUAGUAUUUGUGAGAUUCUUAGUCCUGUUCAGAAAUAAUAUUGCUUAUAUUUCCUGGGAAUUUGUGGCAUAAUAAAGCAUAUCCAAAGUUCUAAUGUGUUUAUAUUAUUUUCAAAACAAAAAGGUUAUUAACUUUAAAAUGAACAUGACUUGACCCCCUGAUUUCGGACAUGCAUUAACUUGUGAAUUACUGAAGUAAUCUAUAUUUGAUUUCUCCUGCAUCGUUACUUUAUUGCACUACAGUUACCUUUAAAGAGGAAAAGGAAGGCUUUAGGGUUUUAUGUCUAAGGGAAUUGACUAAAUAUAUUGUAGUAGAUUAGCACUAUCACACUUGCUCAAGUAGUUUAAAACAGAAAAUUAAGUAUGGGGCAGCAGAUACAUGAAGCAAUGUAUUUUGUUUAAAUAACUUUUUAAUUGUGGUGGAAGCAACGUAUUCUUGUGGUAAAAAAUCUACCUCAGUUACACGUUUUAUGUUUUCUGGAUUUUUAUAAUUAGAAAUUAAAAUGCAAGAUUUUGUGUCCACUAAUACUUUGUUGAAUAUAAUACAAGUCAAUAUAUUAGAUAUAUUCCAACACCGUAAGACAAAAUAGGAAAGACCUUGGGUUUGAUAAUUGAUGUUGUGUCCUAGGCAAUACUCACAUGUCCAGUGAUAGUCAGCUUUCAUCUUUUCUGCUUUAUGAUCUUGAAUCAGUGCCUCGUAAGUUCCAUGCAAUGUUGGCACUUAAUAACCUUUGUUAAUACUGUGUUAGAUUCAGGCAUAUAUUUUUGUCUUGUAAUGUAAGAACCCAAAUACAUCAUCUUUUCAUUGGGGGAAGAUGUGUUAAGUGAAAAUCAACCAGCAUUCAGGAAUGUGAACUUUAAAAUAACAUGUUAGAGUCAGUGCUAUACAUUCUGUUAUUAUAUGUCAACUAUUCCUAAUAUGUAACAGUAAACUUCUUUUGUAUUGGAACUAUGCUUGCUCUCAAUAAAGGACAUCCCAUUAACUAGCA